GACGGAACGUUUCUUUCAACAGCAGUAACAACUAGUCAGCCACCUCGGUAGCUUGCUAGACAAAAUAGCCGAACCCAUAAAGCUCUUUAGACGCUUUAGUGUAUAUUAGACACUGUAUUUGAAACCCUCGUCUGUCGUCUAGUUAGUUAGUUAUCCUAUUUCAUUUCAUAUUUACGGUGCUGUUGUUAUUAUUCAGCUGGCGGGCUGGUUAAGUUAGCAUUAGCCUAGCUAGCUAACAUCUCCGACCAUGAGUUCACUAAAUUACUCUCUUCCUGCUGAAGAAGAGACGGUCUGCUGGACGGAGAAAGAAGCUCUCAUCAAAGAGGAGGAGGAAGAGAAGGAUGUUACAAUACAAAAACAAGUAGGGGGUGAGGCUGUUACAGGGAAAGAAGAAGAGAAAGACGUUUCAGUGAAAGAAGAGGAAGACGUUACAGUGAAAGAAGAGGCGUUCAGAGUGAAAGAGGAGGAGGGUGUUACAGUAAAAGAUGAGGAGGAUUCAGUUUUUGAAGUGAAAGCGGAGGAUGGGGAGUUUACGGUCUCAUCGGAAGAAGAGGAGGAAGAAACUGGAUAUCUGGGCCCGAUUUCCCAAACGCAAUUUAAGGCAUCCAGUGGUUCUAAAGAUGAACUUAGCCAUAAGAUGGUUUUGAGAAACCGGGCCGUGAUUACCACUGGAGAGAGACGUGACUAUUGUGGUUCCUCUGCGGAGCCUCAACAACCUCAUGAUGCUGACGAGGCAGAGAAGAGUCUCUCCAGGUCAGAACACCUCAAGAAACACCAGCAGAGAUCCACAGGGAAGAAACCUCACUGCUGCUCUGACUGUGGGAAGAGAUUCACCUCAUCAGGCAUUGAAAUUCAUCAGGGAACACACACAGGAGAGAAACCUUAUAGCUGUGGUCAAUGUGGGAAGAGAUGUACUACAUUUGGCCAGCUGACUCAACACCAGAGAAUACACACAGGAGAGAAACCUUAUAGCUGUGAUCAAUGUGGGAAGAGUUUUACUACAUCUGGCAAGCUGACAUUACACCAGAGAACACACACAGGAGAGAAACCUUAUAGCUGUGUUCAAUGUGGGAAGAGUUUUACUCAGUCAACCAGCCUGACAUCACACCAGAGAAUACACACAGGAGAGAAAUCUUAUAGCUGUGGUCAAUGUGGGAAGAGUUUUACAACAUCUAGCCAUAGGAUUGUACAUCAGAGAACACACACAGGAGAGAAACCUUAUAGCUGUGGUCAAUGUGGGAAGAGUUUUAGUCAAUCUAGCACUCUGACUCUACACCAGAGAAUACACACAGGAGAGAAACCUUAUAGCUGUGGUCAAUGUGGGAAGAGUUUUACUACAUCUAGCGUUCUGACUCUACACCAGAGAACACACACAGGAGAGAAACCUUAUAGCUGUGGUCAAUGUGGGAAGAGUUUUGGUCGAUCUGGCCACCUGACAUCACACCAGAGAACACACACUGGAGAGAAACCUUAUAGCUGUGAUCAAUGUGGGAAGAGUUUUACUACAUCUAGCGUUCUGACUCUACACCAGAGAACACACACAGGAGAGAAACCUUAUAGCUGUGGUCAAUGUGGGAAGAGUUUUGGUCGAUCUGGCCACCUGACAUCACACCAGAGAACACACACUGGAGAGAAACCUUAUAGCUGUGAUCAAUGUGGGAAGAGUUUUACUACAUCUGACAAGCUGACAUUACACCAGAGAACACACACAGGAGAGAAACCUUAUAGCUGUGAUCAAUGUGGGAAGAGUUUUACUACAUCUGACAAGCUGACAUUACACCAGAGAACACACACAGGAGAGAAACCGUAUAGCUGUGGUCAAUGUGGGAAGAGUUUUAGUCAAUCUGGCAGUCUGUGUUCAGUGUGACAAAAUACAUACAUGAAGGAGUUAUUUUGUGAUAUCAAUGAAUUAUUGUCACAAUGUAGAAUGUUUUAACAUCGUAGUAUGAGUAUUUUAAGGAGUUUCUCAAUGUAGAACCCUAAUUCAAUUGGUUUCAGCGUGAUAUGGAUAUUAGCCUUGGGAAAAAUCCAGGCUCUGAAUGAAAAGAGUACUAUUUAUGUGAUUUAACAAAAAGUUACUAACACAAAAAGAGCUUUUGUUACACUUACCACGUUGGUGACCCACUUGAAUCAAAAUGCAACACUUCUAAAUGUAGCCAACUGUUUUCUACAAAUUGUCCUCUAACCAGGGAUGUACACAUUUCUCCCAGAUUCCGUGUGGUUUUUGAGCUGUUAGUUUUAACAGGACGUGCAACCUCAUAUCCCUUCUGUCACACAAUUGAUUUCAACGUGAUAUCGAUGAGUGAUGACAAAUAUGUGUUGUGUUCCUUUGUUUAGUGACCCCUAAAUUUAAAUGCAUCACUCCCAAAUGUAGCUGACUGUCUUCUGCAGGUUGUCCUCUAACCAGUGAGGCGAAAUAUAUCUCCCAUUUCCAUGUGUUUUUUUAGUUGUUCGUUUCAACAUCAUGUACAUCCUGAUUUCCCCCCUAAUCGAUAUCAGUAAUUUAUACAUAUUACUUUAUGUUCUAUAUUAUACAUACAAUACAUAUGAACAGACAUUUGGUUUUGAUAUUUCAUAUUUCCAAUUCAUGUAACAUUUAGUCAUCAUAAUUAUUUAAGUAAUCAACUGACAAUUUUCGGGUAUAAUUAUAUUGACGUUGUUGCCCUUCUUUUAGAAUUUCAGGGUUCAUUCUCAGAUGUGCCAACCCAAAUGUACUAGAGCAUGACAUUGGGGACUGGGUCUUCCUGUCUUUAAGUUUGGUGUGGGUUGUUCUUUAGUUUUUCUCUUCUUGGGCAGAUUUAGUGGGUCUCAUGGUGGGUGUCUUUUAUGUCCCAGUUGUUGUUACUAGUCAACUUUCAGUGGACACUGAGAGCUAAACUGCAACAUUAUGUUAUAAUACUUUUAUUGCAUCAAAUGGUUGUUUUAUGCAACAGAAUAGAGGGUUCUUAGAACUAUUGUGUCUGUGUGUUCUACUGAGGAUGGGCCUCUGGGAGAAAACACUGACAGGAGAUUUACAAUGUCUUUUGGGUGAUAAAAGCUAAAGAGACCACAUUCCAGAGCAUGAGUUAAUGUUUCUGUGAGAAUAUGAGUUAAUGACCCUGGUCUCUACACAAAGAGUACUGUUUUUACAGCAGAUACUGUCUGCUGAGAAUUAUAAGUCUCUUUCAUACAAAUCUUAACCUUGUGACCCGUUCUAUACAUCUGUUUUUCGUUAUGUAGAUUGAAAGGGGUGUAUCUUGGCUAUAAAAGACCUUUGUACUUUUGUCUCGUGCCUCUCAAUGAAUCAUCUGGGGGUGAUUCGUCAACCAGCCAUCAUUAUCGUAGAGCACUCAAUUGAUUAACUUUAUAUGUGUGUAUUGUAUUGACCUGCUCCCUUAUUAUAAAGUGAAAAAAGGUUUAGUUUAAGAAUAAUUCUGACUUGUGUGAUAAGUUUCUCUCCUCAUUUGAUAUUAAAGAAAUUAACAACCACAUUUGGUGAUGGGGAUGUUCACUUGGUGACCGCUUCUGACGACCUGGGUAAAUCGUGCACUUGGGAUCUCAGGGAAACCACACUUCGGGAACGGAGCAGAUGGACCCACCUUUGAUCUGAGAGGUAGCCUGACUGCCAUUAGGUACCGAGAUGAGAUCCUCAGAGCCCUUGUGAGACCAUAUGCUGACAUGCACAUUUGUGGCCUGCUGGAGGUCAUUUUGCAAGGCUCUGGCCGUGCUCCUCCUGCUCAAAGUUGGAGCUAGCGGUCCUGCUGCUGGGUUGUUGCCCUCCUACGGCCUCCUCCACGUCUCCUGAUGUACUGGCCUGUCUCCUGGUAGCGCCUCCAUGCUCUGGACACUACGCUGACAGACACAGCAAACCUUCUUGCCCCAGCUCGCAUUGAUGUGCCAUCCUGGAUGAACUGCACUACCUGAGCCACUUGUGUGGGUUGUAGACUCCGUCUCAUGCUACCAAUAGAGUGAGAGCACCGCCAGCAUUCAAAAGUGACCAAAACAUCAGCCAGGAAGCAUAGGAACUGAGAAGUGGUCUGUGGUCACCACCUUCAGAAUCACUCCUUUAUUGGGGGUGUCUUGCUAAUUGCCUAUCAUUUCCACCUUUUGUCUAUUCCAUUUGCACAACAGUAUGUGCAAUUUAUUGUCAAUCAGUGUUGCUUCCAGGGGCGAAAAUCUGAGAUCAACCUUGGAGGGGACAAUUACAUUAAAUUUUCUCAAGAGCAAUUCCUGAGGGGGACAACAAAAGUAGUGCUGUAACACAUAGCAUACGUUGUUAAAUGUAUAUUGAGGAACCAUAAUUCCUACAACUGGAUAAUUGAUAGGUACAGUAGUUAACUGAAGGGUUUUCCCAACUUGUUCAAAUGUUUAAAUCAUUAUAAUUCUACUACUAAUAAUAGUUAUAGCAGUGCUCCUUACCAGUCCAGUAUGUAUGCAGGUAUUCGUACUUACAACCAGCAAUAUCAAGAAAGGUCAGUAGGUGACAAUGGUACUGUACACUGUAUGGGUGUAGUUUUCAUAAAUACAAUGAACAUGGUGUGAUCACAUCUAAAAGAAUCUCCAUUGAGAACCAUCACAAAGUUGGUCUCCGUAUUGAAUUGACCUUUUAAUUGGACUUUUUCUGAUACAUUUAUAUAGUCAUUAAAUAUGUCCACCUGGCCUGAGUCUACAAUAUCUUUGCAAGAACAAAAAGCUUUAAAUAAGUAGUUCUAAAAGCAAAAUAACUACUUCAAUGAAAAACCCAAAUAAAUCAAACAAAAUAUCCUUCAGUGUCUCAACUCAGCCAGUGUCUCAACUCAGCCAGUGUCUCAACUCAGCCAGUGUCUCAACUCAGCCAGUGUCUCAACUCAGUCAGUGUCUCAACUCUUCAAACAGCAGCUAUGGACAAGUAUGUCGCACAAAGUAGGCCAUUUUAAAUAAAAUAACAUGAAAUAAAUCAUUUGUAAGUGUCCUGAAAACUACUAAACAAAAGAACAAAUAUCAAUUACACCAGGGGUUCUCAAACAGGGGUCCAUGGACUAAUUGCAAGGGGUCCGUGAAAUAAAAAAGUGUAAUGAAUGUAGUCAGUACCACAAGGUUUCCAGUAAGUUUACAUAUAAUAUAGAGGGGGUGGAGGUCCCUGAGGACUGCUCAAAACUUUGCCUGCCUUGCCUCAAAAUAUGCAGGGGUUCCAGUACCCCAAAAAGGUUGAGAACCACUGCUAUACACACUACUGAACAAAAGAACCGAGCAUAUGUUUGCGGGUUUCCUCAACAACACAUCAGUUGGCACUUUCGCAAUGCCCUCGCCUGUUGUCUCCGACACCCUGUAUAGCCCAAUAAACUCCUUGUGAGGGACAUGGUCAUGGUCAACAUAACGCAGACAGACACUCUCCUGUUCAGCACCAGAGACAUCUUGAGUACCAUCAACAAUUAAUGAAAAUUGUACAAUCGGAAGAGACCUAAACUCAAUGCCUCGAAUGACUAUUGGCCAUGACAUUCAGAAUUUCAUUCUGUGCUUUGGGGCCUGUGUACAUUGUGGUACGCUCUGUUAACCACUUCAGUAAAAUGGGAUCAUCCUCUUCUGCCCUAAGUUUCAAAAUCUGGUAUAAAUUCCCACUGUCAUCCGUGUGGCCUCUAAAGGCUUGUCCCUGUCUUACUACAUGCCGCACCGAACUAACAAUUUUCAUCAAGCAAUGCCUUGCGUCAUCCAGCUGUUUACCCCACGCGCUGGACAUAACUGGACACUGAUUGGAUUUAGCUGGUGUGCUGUUACAAUUACAAAGUGGCGGUGGGUUUGGCAAUUUUGAUGUGCUGUGAAUUUUUCAAUGCCUUUUCUCCAGUUCCUAAAUCCUGCACUAAUGAAGGCAGCAUCAGCUCUUUGGCCAAAAGAUGGCUGGCUUGAAAACCCUUGGCUACAGUGAAAACACAACACUCCUUUUAUUGAUGGAUUAUAAUGUAGCCAGGGGAAAUCGCGAAACCAUCUCUCUUGAAACGUCAACACUCUGUUGGCAAGAGUUUGCGGUUCUAUAAAUUGUGGGUGUGGCUGAUAUGGUUUUGUGCCAUCACUGUGGUAACUGGACAAUGCUGUGCCACUGUCCCCUAUACUGGUGCUGCUGGCAACAAGGGUGACACUUGGUCCUGCCGUGGCUGUGACACUGUCCUCUGAAGUCUCUCUUCCUGGCUCUUUCCCUUUCACCCCCCUAACUGACUCAGCCGGUCUCCUAGAAAAUAAAUAAGGUGUUUGCCGUACUCCUAACUACCGGUACCCAAAACUACACAAUUAAUCACAACAGCAAUACCAUUGCCGUAAACAAAUCUUAGUUUAGUCACCAGUUUAAGUUGAGAGUGGGGGUAUCCAUGGCAUUUUCCAAUUAUGUCCCUAUUUUACAAGUCAAAAAAAUUGAGAACCUUUCAUAAUGUUGCCAAACAAAGACUCAACAAACUUACCUGAGACUCCCUGUCUCUGCCAGUCUGUCCCUGCAUAUCUGUCCCCAACUCUGCUGUCUGUGUGCCAUCUGUUGCCUGCUCUGCCUAAUGACAUCAUUGUGAAACAUUACCAUUAGCAUUUCACUUCUUUCUUAUGAACAUUUUAUCAACUAGUCUUUGAGAUAUUAGGAUACUAGAGUUCUUACUAUGCGUUUUGGUGUACUGACAAAUACUCUGAUGUCCGUCUUCUUACUUUUUUCUGCCAUUUUUCUACCUGGCUGGCUGGCUGACCUAGCUGCACACACACAUAUUUACACAACACAUGCUGCAACCUUUUGUAAUUUAAAUAGUUUGUUUCAUAUUGGCUGGCUUCCAACAAUAGCUGAAUUUGUAAAGCUAGCGAGCACCAAUUCCGUUUCUGUGUGUUUGCUAUAAUCUUUGCUACCUGGUUAAAUAAAGGUGAAAUAAAAUAAAAUAAAAAAAGUUCACUAGCGACAAUUUAUCUUUUGCAACGAGACCAUUAUAUAUAUUUAAGACAAUGGUAGAAGAGAGUGUAGUUCUGUUCUGUUCAGUUUGGACUUCAGUUUAUUGCUAACCUUAUCACAGGGACGUCGAAGCACUACAGCUGCAUGCUGAUCUUGGAAUAAACUGACGAUAGCAAAGAUUCCAUCUUUGACGACGCCACAUAAAUGGAAUAGGUACUAGCUAGCUUGAUAGUUAAUGUUUGCUUUAGUUUGCGCGCUAGCUCUGCAAAUUCCCCUAGUGUGUGAACCCUGCCAACAUAAAAAUAAAUAAAUAACAUUGCUAUGGACCUGCUAUGGAUUGACUGGAUUAACCUCACGUCAGUUACGUACAUGUCCCUUUCGGACAGUAGAUACGAACCCUUUAUUACCUUGCCAGCUAAAGAACUGGCAGUGGAUCAAACCAUUGUGCGGCAAAGGGCGGGGGGGUCGCAAUCUUUUGAAACUUAAAAACGCGCUAUUAAGUGUCUAUAAUCAGCACAAGUGCUUUCAUUGCGUAUUAUUAAUAUUAUUGAAAUUACAUAGUUAUGUUUACAGUGAUAUAUUGGGGGGGACAAAUCAUAUUUUUCCCAAGAUGGGGGGGUCGUGUCCCCCCCGUCCCCCCUGGGAUUUCCGCCUAUGCGUCUAGCUCAUUAGCUCGUAGGACGCACUGAUUGGUGUCACCGCGUUAGUCACUAUGUGUUACACUUGUGCUGGCUUGUCCAUCUCGUUAGUGGGAAGGUGUUUCACCUGAGCUGGUCCAGGUUCUAUUUAAGAGUGUCUGGCCCAGUGCUCCAGUUGUCUUGAUAGAUGUGGAGAGUCAACACCUUUAGUUGCUCCACCUUUUUGGUUUGCUUCCUGUCCGUGAGUUUUUCUUUUGUUUGCCUCUUCUUUGGCAGAUUUAGUGGGUCUCAUGGUGGGUGUCUUUUAGGUCCCAGUUGUUGUUACUAGUCAACUUUCAUUGGACACCCCCAUAGUGUCUUUCAGAACCCCUCCUAAAAAACAAGCUAAUAUUUCUGGUUGAAUAUUUUAACAUUUUAAUCAAUGGCAUUUCCUUAGGAUGCUCAUUAGUCUUUAAGUUGUAUUUUUAUCCUCUUAUGUUUGUGUACUAAAUAUUUCUGUUUAUUUUCAUAGGUUUUUCCUGUGAAGCCAUUGUGUUGCAUCCAUGUCUGAAAUGUGCUGUAUAAAUAAAGCUUGAUUUGAACAUAUUGCAAAACAAAUUAAUCAAAUGACUGACCGAUCAACAGAGUCUUGGUCCGUCUUAGUAUGAGAACAGUAUCAAUCCCACUUUUCCAGCCUGCUGAAGGCGUGGUGGAGUGGUAACCACCACCCCCGGCUCUACCAGGGGCUUGAGGUGGUCACCCACAGCUCUGCUUAUGUUCUGUGGCCUUGCCGUUCCAUUUAUUGACAGCCCCUGCAACACAGAAACACAUUUAAUCAUAUUAUAUACAACACUCAAAGUAAUGGAUAUGGAGCAUCUAUGGCCUCAGUUACACCUGGCACCUAAAUGUGGCUUCUGUCAUCUGAUCACUCCAAGCUGCAUUCGGUUCAGAUCUACCAGGAUGGGCCUUUGACAUAGUCUGGAUGCAGUCAGGCCACUGAAUAUGCAUCAGCAAUGUAAAGAGAUGUGAUGAAUGAGUGGGGAAAAGUACAUUUGACACAAAUUACCUUCAUAAUAUCAAAGAACAAAUGUGUGCCUGAGGGGAAAUUAACUUUCAUACAGCCAAAUGGGGUGAGAAAUUGCACCAAUAUCAGUGGACAAUUUGCACUAAUGUAAAUAAACAUAGAUGAUGGAACAUAUUCCCUUCUGCUGACGUGAUGAACCACUAAGGGAACAUAAAUAUUUACCAUCUAAACCAUGUGUGACCUCUCACCUCUCUGGCUGUAGAAGUGUUCUUCCUAACCAGUCCCUCAACAGCUCUCUGACUGAGCUCCACCCUCACUGGGUCUUCAGAGGAGAGGAAGGCUGAGGAGGGAUGGAAGGAUGAAUGGAUCAGUCAGUCAAUAAAGUUGCUGUCUGACAAAAUCACUAUUUUAGUAGUUCAUUAAAGCAAAUAAGGCUUUAUGACUGCUGAAUACCAACAAUCAAUCACUUAGAUCAUGUAUUUCCAGGUAGAGAUACAUCCUUGGAACGUCCCUAGCCCAUUGAAGUUGACAUUUAAAAUGGUUAAGGUAGGGGUUAUGGUAGUGAUGUCCCAAGGAUUCCAGAUAGCAUUGACCAUUGUGCAUUAUUAUGUCUCUUUUACAUAACAGGUGUAAAAGAAACACAGACAAGACAAGUAGGCACGCAAUGGAUUAUGGUCCUUGUAGUUAAUUACGUUUUAUGUGCUAAACUAUGUAGAAUAUUGGCCUGUUGGAAACUACAACUCUACUUCAUCACACAGUUCCGUCUGGAUCUGAUUUAUCUCUAGAGAAACUACAACUCCCUACUACAUCACACAGUUCAGGCUGGGUCUGAUUUA